GCUGUUUGUAUUUCCAGAACAGUACGGAUAAGCCAGCAAUCUGUAACAUCUUUCACAGUUGCUGCUGCGGAGAUAAUAUCUGAACAAGAUAAUGGCUAUGUAGUUGCACGGAAUCUUCCAAAAAUAUUUCUACACUGAAGCCUCUGCAAUGACUGCACCUUGCAUAGUUCUAAGUCAGCUCAGGUAUCAAUGAAAGCUCAUAACAGCAGUAACAACCACGAUAUGUGGUGUUUUCUGGGAAUUCAUUACCAGUUGGGGUCUCUUCAGUAAGAUGCAAAGCAGCUUCAUUUUACUGUGACCAUCAGACCUUAACAGCAGCUUGACUUUUCCAGGAUCCAUCUCUGACCAAGUGAAGAUCAGCUGUACUCUACAUGCAAAAGAGACCAGAUGCUCACAGAAACAUUAAACAUACACACAGCUAGAAAAUGAUAUUAAGCUGACUUGAGCAAUCAUGUUGUCUUACUCAUUCUACACGCUCACAGCAGUAGCUGCUUUGCUAGUGACUUGCCAUGCACUGUGUAAAUGUCCAGGACCUGGACUGUCUUGGAGAGAUGGUCUGAAAGGACAGCCACAUCCACCACGUCUAUCUGAUUCUCAGGACACCAAAUUCUACGACGUUUUAGUAAAUUUGAAACACCGACUUUCCAGACUUGAAGGCGUGCUUGCUUUGAAAGAAGAAAUAAGAGAAGUAGGAGAGAAAAUGCUUGCCAGCAAUGGGAAGCGAGUUGAUUUUGCAUCUGCACUACAAUCCUGUGAAGAUGCUGGAGGAACUCUUGCAACUCCCACAAAUGAGGAGGAGAAUAAAGCUAUUUUGGGUAUUGUGAAACAGUAUAACCAAUAUGCUUACUUGGGCAUUAAAGAGGGUGAGAUUUCAGGUCAAUUUAAGUAUAUAAAUGGCAUGCCUCUGAAUUAUACCAAUUGGCACCGAUAUGAGCCUAAUGGCAAAGGGAGAGAAAAAUGUGUGGAGAUGUACACUGAUGGGAGCUGGAAUGACAAAAAAUGCAACCAGUAUCGCCUCACAAUCUGUGAAUUUUGAAGAAUGGCCUUUCAGCCACCUCAAAGCAUGGAGACAAUGAAAUAUCCCGUGCAUCAGGCUUAUGCUAUUUCUGCAAUUAUUCUAUGUCAGAGAAUCUAAAAUUAAUCAUAUUACAGCAUUUCUUAACCUUAAGAAAAUGCCAAAUGUUGUAGGUGAUUAACUUAAUUAAAAUGUGCCUAAUCUGA